UCUGUGUGUGUCGGCGCGGGAUGGCUGCGUGUCUGAGGAUUUAACCUGCUCAGGGGGGGAUUCGGAUUAUUAUUAUCAUUAUUGUCAUUAUUAUUAUUAUUAUUUCUUUUUUUCCCUGUUACUUUUGCUUUCUUGUCGCGGGGAAGAAAAAAACCCACCCAGCUCCAAAGAUGCCGCGCUCGUUUCUGGUCAAAAAGCAUUUCAACUCCGCCAAGAAGCCGAACUACAGCGAGCUGGACUGUCCCACAGCGUACGUGUCUCCGCAGUUCUUUAAAAGCCUGGUGAUACCCGUGAUCCCUCAGCCCGAGGUGCUGAGCCCGGUGAUGUACAGCCCGAUCACCAUGUGGACGGCGAGCGACUCUCCGCCGUCGCCGCUUCCCACCGACCUGUCGCCGGUGUCGGGAUACCCCUCGCCCAAAGAGAUCCCCAGGAGCGACGAGGACGAGCAUGAGCACGAGCAGCCGGCCUCCAUCACCACCAGCAACGGCGGCGGCUCGGACGUGGCGGAGAAAUUCCGCUGUGCCCUGUGUCACAAGUCGUACUCCACGUACGCGGGCCUGCUCAAGCACAAGCAGCUACACUGUGACGCGCACGCGCGCAAGGCCUUCAGCUGCAAGUACUGCGAGAAGGAGUACGUGAGCCUCGGGGCGCUCAAAAUGCACAUACGGACACACACGCUGCCGUGCGUCUGCAAGCUAUGCGGGAAGGCGUUCUCACGCCCGUGGCUGCUACAGGGACACAUCCGCACUCACACAGGCGAGAAGCCGUUCUCGUGCUCUCACUGCAGCCGCGCGUUUGCCGACAGAUCCAACCUCAGGGCCCACCUGCAGACGCACUCGGACGUGAAGAAGUACCAGUGCAAGAACUGCUCGAAAACCUUCUCCAGAAUGUCUCUCCUGCACAAGCACGAGGAGUCGGGGUGCUGCGUCGCUCACUGACCCGACCCCUGCCGACCCCAUCAAAUUCCCCUUCCUUUCCUUAAAAUAAAACUGUUAAAAAAAAGAAAGAAAGAAUUAAAAAUCCAGUGCCUUUAAAACUAUGCAAUAUUUGUGCAUCUGCGCACACAGUAUUCUCGAUUCCAGGGGCGUGUCUAAGUGUUUUUUUUUUUUUUUUUCUGUUGUUUUUUUUUUUUUUUUAAAUCAUGCGCUCCGUCAUGUGCUUCCUAAUUGUAAACAGUAUUCUCACUGUUUUGUUCGAUUCCUCUAUGUUGGCCUAUUUUAUUCCUUCUGUGUGUACUGUAAGACAAAAGUUUACUGCGGAACAACAGGAGGCCCGCUCGUAUUUGAGCGAUAGCCCGAGCCGGCUGUUAUCCGUUAUUGGAUAUUGACUGUCUGAGCUGUUCUGUUUUAAUAGCAGGUGUAAUUAAAAGGACAGACCAAAGGACUCCAGGACCAAAAGCCAUCGCCGUCGAGGGAACAAGUGCAAAGUAUUUAAACCGUCACUCGAACGUGACGCGGUCGCAGCUUUCCUCAGAGCUUUAUAACCCCUUAUUUUUAUACAUAUUUGAAUGUAUUUGGACGUGUGACUGAAACGAUUGUAUAGUGUGUGUAUUUGUCUGCAUUUAAGUGAAAUGAGUGAAUGAUUUUGGUUUUUUGUAUGUCCUUUUUUAUACACUUUAUAAAUAAAAAAGAAAAGCUUCUUGAUAUUUUUUAAAUCAA